CCUAGGCCAACCCCCCUCCCACCCAGGAUCUGCGCCACACGUGACUGGCCCCGGGAGGGUCACGUGGCCCUCUCGAGCUUUGGGACAGGAGACAGGGAGUGGCUGCAGACGGGUGGGGCGAGAGCUCGCGUCACAUGACGCAGUACUGGACCCGGCUUCCCAAGAGACCUCCGGGCGCGGCCAUGUUGGGGGCGGAACUUCCUGUCAUCGUCUCGAUGACUUCCGCCUGUCCCUUGCCCUGUUUCCCUUGGUAACCGGCAGCUGCGCCCCGCCCCCACCGCCUGUGCUAGGGAGAUGGCGGCGCAACCUCCAAGGUUCUGAGAGGACGCAGGAACCCAGCCAUGGUGAACGAGGGCAGCAGCAGUGGUAGCGAGAGCUCCAAGGACAGUUCGAGAUGUUCCACCCCCAGCCUGGACCCAGAGCGGCACGAGAGACUCCGGGAGAAGAUGAGGCGCAGAAUGGACUCUGGUGACAAGUGGUUCUCCCUGGAGUUCUUCCCUCCUCGGACUGCUGGGGGAGCUGUUAACCUCAUCUCAAGGUUUGACCGGAUGGCAGCAGGGGGCCCCCUCUUCGUGGAUGUUACCUGGCACCCAGCUGGAGACCCUGGCUCAGACAAGGAGACCUCCUCCAUGAUGAUUGCCAGCACAGCAGUAAACUACUGUGGCUUGGAAACCAUCCUGCACAUGACCUGCUGCCAGCAGCGCCAGGAGGAGAUUACAGGCCAUCUGCACAGAGCCAAGCAGCUUGGCCUGAAGAACAUAAUGGCACUGAGGGGAGACCCUGUAGGUGACCACUGGGAAGCAGAGGAAGGAAGCUUCAACUGUGCCACAGACCUGGUGAAGCACAUCCGGAGCGAGUUUGGCGACUACUUUGACAUAUGUGUGGCCGGUUACCCCAAAGGCCACCCUGAGGCAGAGAGCUUUGAGGAUGACCUGAAGCACUUGAAGGAGAAGGUGUCUGCAGGCGCUGACUUCAUCAUCUCCCAGCUCUUCUUUGAGGCUAGCACCUUCUUCCAUUUUGUGAAGGCCUGCACAGAAAUAGGCAUCUCCUGCCCCAUCCUGCCUGGGAUCUUUCCUAUACAGGCCUACUCCUCCCUUCGGCAGCUUGUAAAACUGUCCAAGCUGGAGGUACCACAGAAGAUCAAGGAUGUCAUCGAGCCAAUCAAAGACAAUGAUGCUGCCAUCCGCAACUAUGGCAUUGAGCUGGCUGUGAGCUUGUGCCGGGAGCUGCUGGACAGUGGCUUGGUGCCGGGCCUCCACUUCUACACCCUCAACCGUGAGGUGGCCACCAUGGAGGUGCUAAAGCAACUGGGCAUGUGGACUGAGGACCCCAGGCGUCCCCUGCCCUGGGCUGUCAGUGCGCAUCCCAAGCGCCGGGAGGAAUAUGUGCGUCCCAUCUUCUGGGCCUCCAGACCAAAAAGUUAUAUCUACCGCACACAGGACUGGGAUGAGUUUCCCAACGGCCGCUGGGGUAAUUCUUCCUCACCAGCCUUUGGGGAGCUGAAGGACUACUACCUCUUCUACCUGAAAAGCAAGUCCCCCAGGGAGGAGCUGCUGAAGAUGUGGGGUGAGGAGCUCACCAGCGAAGAGAGUGUCUUUGAAGUCUUUGAACAUUACCUCUCUGGAGAGCCAAACCAGCAUGGCCACACAGUGACCUGCCUUCCCUGGAACGAUGAUCCCCUGGCAGCAGAAACCAGCCUGAUGAAGGAAGAGCUGCUCCGAGUGAACAGGCUGGGCAUCCUCACCAUCAACUCACAGCCCAACAUCAAUGGGAAGCCGUCCUCAGACCCUGUUGUGGGCUGGGGCCCUAGUGGGGGCUACGUCUUCCAGAAGGCCUACUUAGAGUUCUUCACCUCCCCUGAGACAGUGGAGGCACUUCUGCAAGUGCUCAAGAAGUACGAGCUCCGAGUCAACUACCACAUUGUGGAUGUGCAGGGGAAGAACAUCACGAAUGCCCCUGAGCUGCAGCCCAAUGCUGUCACCUGGGGCAUCUUCCCUGGUCGAGAGAUUAUCCAGCCUACUGUGGUGGAUCCCAUCAGCUUCAUGUUCUGGAAGGAUGAAGCCUUUGCCCUGUGGAUCGAGCAGUGGGGUAAACUGUAUGAGGAGGAAUCCCCAUCCCGCAUGAUCAUCCAGUACAUCCAUGACAACUACUUCCUGGUCAACCUGGUGGACAACGAGUUCCCGCUGGACAGCUGCCUGUGGCAGGUGGUAGAAGACACAUUUGAACUGCUCAGCAGGCACACCACGAAGAGAGACGCUCAGGCCCCAUGAGCCCGCAUCCGGGCAUCGGCCUCUCCUGGAGCCCCCCAUCUCUCCACACAUGAUAAUGACAGCUAGACUGUCAGAAAGCAUCCGGCUCUGGCUGGACCUGAGAUGCCCCAUUUAGGAGGCUCGUGCUCUCCGCUCAAGGUCAUGAGAUGAGACUGACCUGAGCAGGGCCCAGCUAUGCCCAUGGCCGUGUCUAGCCCACUCCUGGGCUCCUGAGUGGGCACUCUUGCCAGCUGCCAUCUUCUCUGUUGAGCCUAGCCAACAAGCUGUCCUGGCACUCCUCCCCA